UCCCAUGUCUCACCGAUAGGGGCGCCAGGAGCGGCUCGCGGCUGUCGGUCAGUCAAAGGAAAGCGAAGAAGAAGUGAACUUUGUUUCCAGCAGGUUUCUGUGUUUGGACGAAGAUGUUUAGGAAAUGACAGCUGUGCUGUCUGGUGUCGUCCAGGCGGUGACUGACUGACCGAUGCCUUCAUCAUGAUGCUGAGCAGCAGCGCCCUGGUUGUCGCCCUCCUGCUGUCCCAGGCCAAAGGCUUCCUGAGCCCCUCCGAGGACGACAGCCUCCCCGAAGAGUGGGUGCUGCUUCAUGUGGUUCAGGGCCACAUCGGGGCCGGAAACUACAGCUACCUGCGCCUCAACCACGAUGGCAGAAUCAUCCUGCACAUGCAAAGCCUCAAGGGGGACGCAGACCUCUACGUGUCGGAUAAAACCCUGCGGCCGAGCUUCGACACCUACAAGCUGCAGUCGGUCACCUGUGGCCAUGAUGUGGUGGUGGUGCCGGGGGACUUCACGAGACCUGUGGGCAUCGGCAUUUACGGCCACCCGUCUUACAAGGAGAGCGAGUUUGAAAUGCGGGUGUUUUACGAUCAGGUGGUUCCCCUGGACCCGUUCGAAAAGGGCUCAUACACUUCAGAAAACGGACAUCAGAAAAAGAAAUCCCCUCAGGCAGCAGAGGAGGACUUUCAGGAAGAGGAGUCAAUCUUUUGGACAAUUCUAAUCGGACUUUUGAAGAUUAUACUUGAGAUUUUGUUUUGAAAAUAGUUUCCUUCAUUGCUGCUGUGAAACACGGAGGACAUGCAUCUUUUGGCCUCGGUCAGCCUUGAUACGUGAAAGAAGAUUUUCUUUCAUUCUGUAAUGAUGAGAAAAUAUCGCACCAAACUCCAGUGAGAAUUCUGCUGUUUUAACAAUUUAUUCCCUUGUGAUCAAACAUACACACUUGAUGAAAUCGGUUUUAAAACUUGUUGAUGGGUCGCUGCUGAAUUCACCGGUGACGCCUGAUAGAAGUCUGUAUGUUUGGUGAUAAAAAGGAACAUGAGCCUGUCACGUGCAGCAGGUCUUGCUUUGGUGUCCUCUCGUACAAAGACAGAAUGAAGCGUAUGAAAGUGAAAACUGGGUCCGUGUUAAGUCAUGGCCUACAUCUGGGCCUUUGGGAUUUUGUAUAUUGAACAGCAGUUCAACAAAAAUGAUAAGAGGGGAAUAUUUCUGGAGUCUUAAAGGGUAGGUUUUUAUUUCAUCAAGUUUAUCUUUAAUACAACACUCGCAUGCUGUACGUAAGUUGAAAGAGUUAUUGGGGACUUUUAGCGUUCCUCCUGUCCGAACUGGUCGUGAACGGCCUCAGUAUGCUUCAAAUUAAGUCCGUCUAAAGGAGAAGAUAACGGCGAACACUUUCCAGCAGACUCCUCAAAGGCUUUCACAGAAUGAAACUUUGUGAGUAGAGUUCAUAUUCUGCCUUUUCUUCCUCACUUCAACACACUGGCCAAGAAAAUCCUCAUUCAAAAUCCCAUUGACAUUUGUAACAAAACAAAUGUACUCCAAAUCCAGACUUGGAACACUGCCGUUCAAAUGUACACGGUGUCUUUAUUUAAACCUUCAGAACAUUUAAAAAAGAGAAUUUCUCAUUUAAAAGAAUUCAGUUUUUCGUGCUGCCGUGUGGCAGAGAUGCAACCAGGACGAUGAUAAACACAUUUUUGCAGGCUGUGCAUUUUAUCUUUCAUCUCGUUGGCAUUUAACAGCCUGUACGAACAGGAGGAACUCUCCCAAUGUACAUGUGAGCGUUGUAGUUAGACUUGAAAUCAGAACUAAUCCUUUUGACUUGAUCAUAAAGCUUCAAAUCAAAUUGAGCAGCAAACAGAGACGAGUGUCGUGGCUCCUCUCGGCCUGUGAAUGAAUGAAACCGCUUGUCUUAACUCUGCAUAUCUACACCUCAAAUGAUGUGUGGGUUUGAAUAUAAAAAAAACACUUUGCAAUAGUUAUUGACAGGUGUAUUAUCUCAUUAUUGGCCAUAAAGGAAGGCCUGGAAAGUGAGUGAAGGUGAAGAUGCUGCUGAUUAUGCCGUCAUGAUUCCCACUGUUAAUUUGCUGUCAACAGCAUUGCUUCCUUAAUUUAGACUCCAAAUGUGAGCAUGUGGGUUUAUUAAGAUGUUGCUACCAACCUGUUAACAUCAGUAGCAGCAUUCCAUUUGGUUUAAUCGCUCGCUUCAGUUUUGUGAUUAUUUGUUUUGCCUGUUGGACAAGCUUCUGGUUUUAAAACAUCACCUCCAGCGUUUGGAGUUCAGUUAUGAGUAAACUUGCUACCACUGAGCAGAAAUGUUCAACAGUGCCUUCAAGAGAAGAGUCUUCUGCAGGUGAGCAGCCGAGCAGUGUUCCUGUUUCCAGAGACGAUUCAAUCAGGUUUCUAAAUAAAGCAGUUGUUUUGCUGACUUAAAAUAUUUUGUGUCGUUUUAUCUUUGUUUCAGAUUUGGGGGAAAUGCUCUGCGACUUCCUUAACGAGUGUAGAGCUGGGUAAUGUAACUUAAAUAGGAUCAUUUCAGGUUAUAAAUGAAUGUCAUGAUAUUAAAACAAGGUUCUGAUAAAA